GUGGCAGAGCGUGAGUCAUGGAUUAUGGCCUAGAUACGGGUCGUUUCUAACCUCAUCGAAGUAAAGUCGUAUCAAGCAUUCUAUCGAAAGUUCAUGGCAGCAUCGUCUGCUGCCCCAGCAUAUAACUAAUUUACGACCUCUUGCGUCUACCACGAUGACGCUCUGAAUGCCCUCCCUGUUUUAUUCAGCAUGAACUACAAUGGCAAUUAUGUUGACUACCAAGUGCCCAGUGGAGGAAUAUACGAUUCAGGAUUCCAGAAUGAAGACCAGAAUCCGUACAACUUUCAGGAGGUUGGUCAGACGUCGCACAUGAUGGCGACCUAUGGAGAACGGAAUUAUGCACCAUCUCAGGAUGAUGCAUAUCAGACCAUGCAAUAUCAACAUUCGUUUGCCAGUUCUCCUGCUCGGUCACUGCCUGCACAUUCUCCUCAGUCGAUGAUUAUGAUUACACAGCGCACUCCCACUCACGCCUUAGCGAACUCGCCACCCAUGUCGAACCCGUCAACCGCCCAGCCGAGCCCAUUCCACCAUGUGUCCCCGCUCCGGCAGCUCCAUCACGUCUCCCAAUCUCACCCGCAACCGCAACCGCAACCGCAAGACCAAUCUCAGCCUCAGCCUCAGCCUCAGCCUCAGCCUCCAGGACUAAAUUACGACAACUUCAAGCCUACACUGCCACUCCAUACCGUGCAUCACAGUCAUCCACUCCAACAAGCAACAAGCAGUACUUUUCAAACCAUUCCACAGGGGCAACCGUGGAUAUCGAAGGCCCAGGCGAUAGUUGAAGUACCUAUGCAGUCAUCACGCUAUCUUCGAGAUCAAACGCAUUCUUUGCGGUCUCUAGACCAUGUGGCUGUCUCGUUGACGAAUUCAGCCAGUCCUCAAAAUUCUGCCAAUACUUCGGCAAACAAGCGGGCACGUCUGCCGAUUACACAACCUUUGGACUACCAACAAAUACUCCUACUACUUGCCGAGGACUAUAUUAAUGCAGCCCAUGAUAUGAGUUCGUAUGUUGCAUACUACAGGCGUAAUGAUGAUAUCAAGGAAUAUCACAUACUGCUAGCGAUAGGCUUGAGAUGCUUAGAAGCCUCUCUUGUGCAGUUCAGGCUUGCGCCACGCGUGGAAGCUUUGAUUGUGCUGCAAUAUACCAACUUGAUGUUAAGAGAGACUCGGAAUUAUGAAGAGGUUGACAAAUGGUUGAGCAAAACUAUACCUCUUUGCGAACGUAAUAAGCUGCUUGACGUGAAGUAUAGCAUGCACCACCUGGCGGCUCGUGCAUUAUUUGCAACACGACCACGUGUAGCGAUCAGAUCUUUGGAUGCUGCGAUAUCGUUUGCGCACGCACACAAGCAUACUCCUUGGAUUUAUGCGCUUAGAUUUCUUCGUCUCUCCUUCUCCUACAAGCUUGAUGCGUCAAGUCAAGAUUUUACUGCCGGAAUUCAAAAUGUAAAGGUAAUGUCCGAGCUCGCUUCAAGCGAGGACGACGGUGCAAUAUCGCUCAUAUGCGCAACAUAUUCAGCGUUGCUCCACCUGCGCUCAAAAGCCUCAAAUUGCAUUGAGGAAGCGCAACAUGCCAUCGCAGCAGCGAAAAGUUUCCAGUUUCAUCCUAUUGCAGCGCCCCUACGGCAAAUUUGGGCGCUCCUGGCUUGUGUAGAAAUUGUCUGCUAUUUGAUGGAGGGCAGCCCCUCCCUAGCCGCUCAGAAAGCUGAGCAAAUGGCAUCGAUUAUAGAUGAAAUUCGGGCGAGCACGAGCCUCGGCGACGACGGCUUGUUAGCAAUCCCGCUAAGACAAAAGCCAGGUUCACUUACCGAAACUACGUGUGGCAUUUUCCAACGCAGGAAAGAUCAAGAAUUUCUCUCAUUUAAAUGGUUAGCGCAGCGCGAUCUGUGGGCAUUUUGUUUCUUACUUAAUGCGAUUGCGUCACAAUCGCGUACCUUUGCAGAUCAGAAGGCUGAGGCCUAUCUGAGUGAAGGCCUAAAGAUCCUGAAGGAGAACUUAAGCGAGUCAAGUUUAAGUAGGGAAGACAUUUUCCCGAGCUCAAGUUCUCUCGAUGUUGUCAUCAAUCGCCUUGAUUGGUGGUACAAUAUGCAGUGGUUCUUCUACAUCUACAUGUCCAUCAAUGCUUGUGGCCGGACAGACUGGAGUAAAGCUGAGGAGUACCUAACCGAGGCACGAGCGUGCCCACCUGCGUCAAUUUUGGACUGCGGGCCUUCACGCGUGAAGUGGGAAAUGUUCCUCUGCGCAACGAUCCAACAAGGACGUGGACAGAUUGAGGAAGCGCUGUCGAUCUUCCAGUCCCCAGCGUUACAGUUGCCUGCAACUGCAAAUAACGGACUGCAUGAUGUAGAAACUGACUUAGGUAUCCUUGCAGCUCUAAACUCAGUUCUCAUCAUGUUAGACCCAACAAACUCUGCCCACUCAGAGGCAGCACGGCUUCAUGAAUUUGUCUCGUCCUCUCUAAUCAACCAUCCAAACAAGUCCCUUCGGGCAGCACACGAUCUUCUUCGCAGCGUUCUCAACCCACAGGGCAAACUGAUCGACAAGAAGAAGCACUUCGCAAGUUGUUUGAACGCUGCGCGUGCUGUUAACAAUACCCAACUUGUCUCGAUAGCUUUGAGUCUUAUGUGUACUAUGUUCUUCAAAGAUGUGGUUGGGGAGCAGGCACAGAAAAGUGUUAGAAGUGCUAGAGCCCUGGCGGACCGUAGCGGGAGUAUGUUGUGGAAAGGUGUUGCCGCAGGUUUGCAAGAGCAAACAGCUUUACGACAUGGCAGCGAUGAUGAUGCGGCAAAUGCACGCAAAGAUCGAGACGUCUUCAUCGAUGCACUUCCAGAUGCUGUGAAGAGCAGAUUUGCUCUGUCAUUGUAAUCUUUUACGUGCGAAAUCCCUAUUGGCGGUUAUCAUCUACAUCGAAGUGAGUGAUCUACCAGUUUUCCGAAGCAAACAUCACGAGAAUAUGAUUGGAGGCAUGAGCAUUUGCGCAACGACUCCACACACGCAUUCAUUGCAUUGUGCAAAGGUAGAGUUCAUGCGUUGCUGCAUAGCUAGUGAGCAAAACGAAGCGUCAGGGUCUGGCGCUAAAGAGGCUAAUGUCUCUUAUUAAUAAUUUUGCAUCUUUACACUAUCCCCAGUCUUAUGAACGCGAAAACGAGUAGAUCCCUAUUCUUUCACUGCGCAGAUAGAACUGAUGUCUGCGCUACUCUAAAUAGCUCUGCGUCACUCAUAUGUACAGUGCUGCUUGAUUGUUUCCCAUCUUCAUUCAUUCUUGUCGUACAUAAAACUACAGACUGAGUAAAAAUCCUCAUCAUCAAUGGACUCGAUUGCUUGUUCCUCUACGACUUCCGAUGCUUCUUCAUCUGCUAGGCCAUAGCCCCUCGCAAGUCUAGAUUUGUUAGCAAUACUCCAUAC